ACGAAACUGCUUGAUCAAAUUAAAAACGAAAAUUGGAUGGUAAGCGUCAAACUUUUUUUGGGCUAGCAGGCGCUUCUAUUUUUAAUGUUGUUGAUAAGGCAAGGGACAAGCUGCAGAUUCAAAAUAAUUGAAUCUACUGUUGAAUCGCCUAUUAAAGUCCCAAAUCUGGUCACUGAUAAGGGGAAAUCACGUUGAUUGGAGUCUGCCGAAAGCCCUUUGCCUUGCUUUUCUUGGUCUGUUCCAAGCAUAGCAUUGCGCAUACAUAAAUAGGGAAGCAAGCCGAGCACGUCAUCAGCACACAAGUCCUUCACUGGGUCAACGGAGGUUUUUGCUUCUUCUCCGGCGAAGGAGGGGGAAAUAGCAGAGCCGCCGGAUAUGGCUUCGUGGAAUUCAGGUCCGCUCGAAGUCACAUACCAAUUACUGGGUUGGUCCGCUUUCACCUGCUGGUCUAUCAGUUUCUACCCUCAAGUCAUCUUGAAUUUUCGCAGGAAAAGUGUCGUGGGGCUCAACUUUGAUUUCGCCCUGUUGAAUCUGAUCAAGCACUCUUCCUAUCUCAUCUACAACGCCUCUAUGUUCUUCAGUUCCGCUGUUCAGAAGCAGUAUUUUGAGGAAUACGGCUAUGGAGAGAUGAUACCUGUAGCAGCAAAUGAUGUUGCUUUCUCUGCCCAUGCCGUGCUACUCACUGCAAUUACUUUGUUUCAAAUUGUGAUCUAUGAGCGUGGAACUCAGAAAAUCUCCAAACUUGCCUUUGGAAUUGUCUCUGUGGUAUUGCUUACUGCUGCGGUUUGUUUCUUCAUAGCUUUGCCUUCACACUCUUGGCUUUGGCUCGUCUCCGUCUUCAACACAAUUCAAGUAUGUAUGACAAUCAUAAAAUAUGUUCCUCAGGCAAUCAUGAACUUCAUGAGAAAAAGUACUGACGGCUUCAGCAUUGGCAACAUUCUGCUUGAUUUCUCUGGAGGCAUAUCAAACUAUGGACAGAUGGUUGUGCAGUCCAUUGAUCAAGGUUCUUGGGUCAACUUCUAUGGGAAUGUAGGAAAACUGAUGCUGUCUUUGGUGAGUGUAUCCUUUGACAUAUUUUUCAUGUGUCAACAUUACGUGUUUUAUCCUGCCAAGAAAGCUUUAAAAUCAGUGGCUUCUGUGGAACCUGAGGAUGACAUCAAAGAGCAUCUUGUGCGACGUUGUGAUGAACCAGUAACAGCGAUAGAGAAUGUGUGAAGUGUGAUUUACUUCGUAAUGAUCAUGUCAGCCUUCCUUGGAUGAGUUCUUAAAUUCCAUACAGAAGGAGAAUCAUACACUUCAGUUUCCUCUUGAGAAUGAAUGUUGUGUAUAUAUUUGUUCCGCGUUACUUUUUAUUUAUAUUUUCCUUUUUUUGUUCCUCUUUAAUUCGCUCUAUGAAGCCAACAAAUAUUAUGGGGCUUCUAAAGUGAAGGUGCCGUUACAAUUUAGCAGUUAUUGAAGGAGGCACUAGUGGUCCUGGCAUGCACAAUUUCAUGGGAAAUAUAGAUUUGGUCGCUGCCUCUAGCCAUCCCCCUAUCCAUUUGUUUAUUCUCUUGAGUGUAAUGCUUCCCAGACAAUGACAUGAUCAAUGUCAGUAUCAUUCAUGUAUUAAAUAAAAACUCUUAUGUUUAUCAAAUAGUACAUCACAAUUCUUUCUCA